CCCCGAAUCUCGGGUCCAAUUGGUAGCUUCCAGCCUAGGACUGUCUCCCAGCCCAAUGAAGUAGCGCUUGCAAGCUGCUACCCAAGGUAUCCUCCAGAGCACCAGCGGCAGCACAGGGAGGAGACAGCCGCCGCCGCCGCCAGAAGCAGCAGCUAAACAAGCCGGUCGGUUUCCGCGUGGCUGAUCGCACGCUCCGGCUUCUCCACCCGCCAACUCUUUGGGAAAGAGCUCGCGGGGCUUCGUGUCCGCCCCCGCCGCCCCUUUCUCUCUCCGCCACCCCAUCUCCUUGCCGGGACAAAGCCAUGAAGCAGGCGCUGCUGGACGUAAUGAGGAUGAACAGGAUUUGCAGGAUGGUUCUGGUCACUUGCUUGGGAUCCUUCGCCCUGGUCAUCUUCUAUUUCCAAAGUAUGUUGCAUCCAGUGAUACGUAGGAAUCCAUUUGGAAUGGACAUCUGCUGCCGGAAGGGGUCAAGAAGCCCAUUGCAGGAACUCUACAAUCCAACCCAGUUGGAAUUAUCCAGCACGGUGAUCCUUCAUCAGAUCCGUAGGGAUCAAGUAACAGAUACAUGCCGAGCCAACAGCAUGUCUAGCAGGAAACGUCGUGUGCUGACACCCAAUGACCUCAAACAUUUGGUGGUUGAUGAGGAUCAUGAACUGAUAUACUGCUAUGUACCCAAAGUGGCCUGUACCAAUUGGAAGCGAGUCAUGAUGGUCUUGACCGGGAGGGGCAAAUAUAGCGACCCAAUGGAGAUACCAGCUAACGAAGCCCAUGUCUCAUCAAACUUGAAGACGCUCAACCAAUACAGCAUCCCAGAGAUCAACCACCGCUUGAAAAACUACAUGAAGUUCCUGUUUGUCCGUGAGCCUUUUGAGAGGUUGGUGUCAGCCUAUAGAAACAAAUUCACCCAGAAAUACAACACCUCCUUUCACAAGAGAUACGGAACCAAAAUUGUGAAGCGCCAAAGGAAAAAUGCAACCCAGGAAGCCCUUCAUAAAGGUGAUGAUGUGAAAUUUGAGGAGUUUGUGGCUUAUCUCAUAGACCCGCACACCCAAAGAGAAGAGCCAUUCAAUGAACACUGGCAAACAGUCUACUCUCUGUGCCAUCCUUGCCUCAUCCAUUAUGAUCUCAUAGGGAAAUACGAGACACUCGAAGAAGAUUCCAACUACAUUCUUCAACUAGCAGGAGUAGGAAACUAUCUCAAGUUCCCCACCUAUGCAAAGUCUACAAGAACUACUGAUGAAAUGACAACAGAGUUCUUCCAGAACAUCAGUUUGGAGCACCAAACACAGCUGUACGAAGUCUACAAACUUGAUUUUUUAAUGUUCAAUUACUCAAUGCCAAGCUACCUAAAGUUGGAAUGAGGCCAGAGAAAAAGAGAAAUAUGAAACUUGUUUUAUUUAAGAUUUUUAUUUGUCACAGUCACGUAUGAAGAAUGGGUUGUUUUGUAAGUUAAUAUUUUCUUCUUUUUUUUAAUGAUGCUGCGAGCAGCAUAGUUGGAAAUUUAUUAUUUAAACUGUUGGUAAGAAAGGACAGCUCUGUUUGCAGGGUAAGAAAAUUGUGGCAACUGUAGCUCUAGAUGUGACUAGUAACUACAACACUGUUUGAGAAGGGGUUGAAAUGUUCUUUGUGUCCUGAUGUAUUUCUUUUCUUUUGCAUUCUUUCUAACUCCUAGCCUUUAUGUUAUUUAUGCUUAUUUAAGAAGACAAUAGAUUCCUAGUUAGGAGCUGAGAUACAACACUGUGCAGACAAAGAAAAUGUUUCUUCUGAUUUCCUUGCGGGAGUUUGCCUAUGUUCCUGUGUCAUUACUGAAUGUUUCACUAGUGAGGAAUGUGUGCAAGUAAUUGGAAACAUUGGAAUGUGAGUGGGUUUAAGGGGCUCAGGGGGACCCUAAUCUGAAAUCUAUUUUGCAACCUCAUGAGUCUCUGAUUUGUAAGACGCACUCAACUGCCAAUGAUCACACACACGUGAAGGCCAGCUUUUAUCCCCUGGGAGGCAAGGUCACUUAGAUCUUCACCUUAGUGAAUGAAUUAAAUGUCACACAAGCAAGGGAAAGGAAGAGGAAUACUGAGAAAUGACUGCUUUGCUCAGCCUAUCCCCGCUUAAAGGGCCCAGUCCAAAUCUAAGCCAGACAGUCCAGAGCAUUGCAGCUACUCCCAACCUCCCAUUAAAGGAAACCACAAUUAAAUGAGCAAUGCACCCAGCUAAAUGAGUCUGACUAGCCUUAGCUGAUGGUAAGACCAAACCCUUCAAAGGUAGCAGUGCACUCUUGGGGGCCUGCAUGACAACCCUUGGACACUCCAUACAUGCUAGUACUUGCAACACCAUUGCCUGUUUUCUGGCACUUCCUGCAUCUUAGGACCAAUGUCCUCCCUAGUUUCCUCUUAUUCCUGUGCAGCAGAAUCACAUUGUACCAAUGCAAGGGUACUCAGAUGUGUCUGCUGCUGCCCUUGGCAUCUGUUCAGCCCAGCUUUCAGAGAAGGCACCACCAAAUGAAUUGGGGGAAGGGGAGAUGUGGUCAUUACAUUCCAACCUUGAAUUUUGCUCCAAAACACAGUAUAUUCUGCAACUGAGAAUGUGGAUGUUGGUUUCCCGCAAGGUAGGGAUAAGGAAACUGUGGCCCUUUAGAUGUUGGGUGCCACCAACUUCCAUCAGCCCCAGCCAGAAUGGCCAGUGUUCAGAAAUGAUUGGAGUUGUAGUCCAGCACCUGGAGGGCCACAGGUUCCCUAUCCCUGCUGUAACCUAAUGAGUAAGCCAGCAUCGUGCUUUGAGCUGUCACAAAAUUUAAAGGAUCCCAUUGCAAAUAUGAAAUGACGGAAUGGCCCUUAUUUAGGUAGAUCCCUAUGCUCUAGAAUACCUGCACAAAAUGGAAUACCUUACAAAGGAGAAAUUUUGUCAUGAUACCAUGUGUGCUGCCAAUGGUGGUAGCAUCAGCCUUGGAUGAGAGAGCUAAGUUGAUUUUAUAUAUAAAUAUAUAUAUAUAUAUGUAUGUAUACAUGCAUAAAAUUUAAAGUCUGUGACUGAAAGAAAUGUGAAUGUAUCUCGUAGAGAGAAAAAUCUUCAAAUCUCUACUUUGCUGGACAUGUUGUUAAUAUCCUUUUCGUCUUCAUUCUUGGCACUCCCUUGUCUGACAUCAAAAUGAAUGGAUGAUGUGUAUGCGUUGACAUUAUAAAUAUUAUUAAUAGUAAUAUUAUUUAGGA